AUGGAACCUAAAAUGCAACCUCGAUGUUCUCGCGCCAUAACAAAUUCCCGUGUUCUAGUCAAGACUAAAGGAAUUCGGUCACGAAAACUACGCUGGAUCGAAUGCGCGCGUUUGAAAGAGAUCGUUCCAUCUGUGGCCAAAUCCAAACGUGUCAAUGAGGUUAAGAUAAUCAAAGAGGCGAUAAAGCACAUUAGUCGAUUGGAAGAAGCCGUACUGCAGCGUCUUGGAACUUCUCUUCCCGGCAACGGAACACCAGAUAUUAACGGGAAAAGCAUAAUGGAUCUCCUACCGCGUCAUAUCUUCCUCACAAUUGCGGCCCAGGCCAACGUCCAAUUACCAAACCUAAGCACAGAUCUGGUUUCGUCACGGACGUCAACAGAUCUGUUACCAGCAACCAGGACAAAUCGUGAUUGCCCUCCGAUCCCCGAUUCAACUGGCAAUUCGCCUUGUUGGACUGACGAGGACAGUCGAGUGGAAUGGGACAUGACAGAAUCCUGA